GAAAAAGCAAUAUAGAGACUUUAUCCCCAAACUCCCAUGGUAUCCUUGUUUCUUCUCUACCCAUCUCUCAUUUCACUCUCUUUCUCUCUGUAACACACAAACAACUCUGUUUCUUCUUCUUCCUUCUUCCCUUCUUCUUCUCACAAAGAGUCUUUAGUUUAUCAGAAAUUUCUUGAAUAUGGGUUCAUCCAAGUCAGAUCUGAGGUCAACGAUCUACCCAGAACCUGUUGACCACUUCGACCAGCUACCUGAUCCAGUUCUUCUCUUGAUUUUCAACAAGAUCGGUGAUGUUAAAACUCUAGGAAGAUGUUGUGGAGUUUGUAGCAGGUUUCAUUCACUUGUUCCUCAAGUUGAUAACGUUGUUGUUCGUGUUGAUUGUGUUAUCUCUGAUGAUGAUGAUGCAUCGUCGUCAUCUUCUUCUUCUUCUUCAUCUUCUGCUGCCUCUUCUGAUAAGUCACGUCACCCCAUUUCUUCCCUUUUUCGACUUGUUUUCCUUGGUCUUGUUAAACCCUUUCAAUCCCUUACUCAGUUGAUCUCCAUUUCUUCAAGGCGAUGUACUGCUUCAUCCUCUCUUGUUGAUGAUGAUUUUGAGCAAAAUUCUGUUACCCAUCACUCCCCUACACAGGUUUUGAAGAAUUUUGAUGAAAUUAAGUUGCUUAGGAUUGAGUUGCCUAGUGGGGAAUUGGGUAUUGAUGAAGGUGCUUUGCUCAAGUGGAGAGCUGAUUUUGGUUCUACUCUUGAUAAUUGUGUUAUUCUUGGGGCGUCUUCGGUGAUUCAACCGGUAAGUAUUGGUGAUUUAGUCGAGGAACAGUGUGGAAUUGGAAGUAACAGUAAUAUUUUGGGUGAUGGUAAUGGAGAAACAGAUAAUGGGAGCAUACCUGAGUCGUUUUACACUAAUGGGGGUUUGAAGUUGCGUGUUGUGUGGACGAUUAGUUCUUUGAUAGCAGCUUCUGCAAGGCAUUAUCUGCUGCAGCCAAUUAUAGCAGAGCAUAAGAAGCUUGAGAGUUUGGUUUUGACGGAUGUUGAUGGGCAAGGAGUAUUGUGUAUGAACAGGGAGCAGCUGGAGGAGUUGAGAGUGAAGCCUCUUUCAGCUUCAUCAGCCUCGAAAAGGACAAUGGUGCCAGCACUGAACAUGAGGUUGUGGUACGCCCCACAUUUAGAGUUACCUGAUGGGACAGUGCUUAAAGGGGCGACAUUGGUAGCAAUUAGGCCUAGUGAGCAACCUAAGAAAGAGGUGGUUGGGCCAGAUGGGAAUUGGGUGGCAGCAGCAUUUGAGGAGCCCUAUGGGACGGCUGCAAGGAUGUUAGUUAAGAGGAGGACUUAUUGUUUGGAGAUGAACUCGUUCUGAAUAGAAUUAAAGUGGUCAAGGGAGUUCCUUGAAUUGAUGACAGAGGGAAAACUAAGAAAGGUGGAUUAACUCAUACUGAAAAGGAGCGGAAAAGAGAAUUUUGUUGAGCUAGCUCACCCUGAGUUGUUUGAACAAGCCAGUCUUGCUUCUAGAGAUGAAAUGCCAGUUGCUGGCUGGCUAACUAUGCGCUUUAAAUCAGCCCGUGUCAUGCAUGUUGAUGGGCAUCUGCUUAUGUUUUAGUUUGGGGCAUAUACUUCUAAGAAUGCACAAAGUGCUUCCGUUUCAUUUAACAGUUAGCCAAGUGCCUUAGACUUUAUAGCGAUACACAUUUGAUAGUCCUCUUUCUGUAAAUAUUAUAGUUAUGGAUAUCAUAUGCUGUGUCAUGUACCUUUUAUGGUUUUAUUGAGCAAUGAAAUGUACGUUUUGCUACAUUUGUGCCAAGUUUAUUCACUUAUUUGCUUACAGUGUUGUGUGAAAUGGUAAACUAUCCUUUUCAUAAA